AUGAGAUAUGUAUUUCAAGUAGCAAAAGUAGUGACACAUGGUGUAUUCUUUGCAAAAGCGCCGCGUAUAUGUCAGCUGACAGAAAAACGAUUAAAUUCUUAGUUUUUUCAUUUCUUCCCCAGUUAAGAAAUUGUUGACCAAAAUCAAUGGUAUAAUUUGGAUUUCUAGUAAUCAGUUCGCCCAUUUUUAUACAUGCUAAUGUGUCAUCUGAGAUAAUGAUUCUGCAUUAUAUAAUUUCCUUCUAAAGAGAUGUUAUGGUGAUGAAUAAAAGGUGAAUGAGAUAUAUUCGAUCUCGUGUAACGAGUGGCGUCAUAAAAAAAAAUGACUGACUCUUCAGCCUCCGGCGUAUCUGCCAUUAUAAGGAUAAUUAACAAAGUAGUGACAUUUGUAAAGUGUAUCGUACGAACAGGCUUUGUAAUAUUAAAUAAUAUCUAUUGUAUACCUACGUACAUAGUAUGGAUGACCUUGUUAUAUCCUGUGAAAGUAUAUCAACCACAAGUAUAUUGGCGAAUAGAGGGUCUUUUUUUUCAUUGGUUACUGGCCAUGGUUUCUAUGUGGACUUGGUCAGCUGGUUAUGAUAUAAUAGAACAAGGUGAUAAUAUAGAGAAGAUUACUAGUGAAAGAACACUUGUUAUAGUAAAUCAUCAAAGUACUGGGGAUGUUCCUAUGUUAAUGACAACAUUUAAUACAAAAUCAAAUGUAUUGCCCAAUUUAAUGUGGAUUAUGGAUAGAAUAUUUAAGUUCACUAACUUUGGUAUAGUUUCUAUCUUACAUCAUGACUUUUUUAUAAUUUCUGGUCGUAAACGAAGAGAUGAAAGCUUAAGACAAUUAGAAAGACAUCUUAAAGAAUCGUAUAUAGGGCUUGACAGAAAAUGGUUGAUUUUGUUUCCUGAAGGAGGUUUCUUAUGCAAGCGUCGUGAAACAUCACAAAAAUAUGCUAAAAAAAAUAACUUGCCUAUCCUAGAAAAUGUGAGUUUACCUAGAGUAGGAGCAAUGCAGAUAAUAUUUAACACUCUCGGUCCAGUGCAAGAUAACAAGGUGCAACAUGACCACUUAAACAACAGAGCAAGCGUGGCACCAACUGAAAUCACCUGGGUUCUUGAUAUAACAAUAGCAUAUCCUCAGGGUAAACCUAUUGAUUUACCUGCAAUUAUAACUGGUUCAAGACCACCUUGCGAAACAUUUAUGUUUUAUCGACUUUAUCCUAGUAAAAUGGUUCCACGUGAACCAGAACUAUUGUCUAAGUGGUUAUAUGAUAGAUGGGUAGAGAAAGAAUUGCUUUUGGAAAAUUUUUAUAAACAUGGCGCAUUUCUUGGUACACACGAAUCAGCUGUAAAAGGUUCGAAAAUCCAACAGGAUCCACUAAGAUUCCUAGUCAUUCAUUUGUUUUUUAUAACAUCUAGUUAUAUACAUUAUAAUAUGUUUCAAUAUAUAUUAUCCUGCUUUUGGUAAGACAACCUAUGCUAUUUAAGUAUAGCAUUAAAAUUUUAGGAUAAUUGUAACACAAAAAGUGGAUUAUUCCUGCCUUAAACAAUAUUAACAUUUAUUACAAUAAAAUAACGAGUGUAUGGAUUGUCAAUUCCAAUUGAACUGUUUACAAUUUAGAUACAUUUUAAUGGUUAAUGCCACUAUUUCAUUUGAAACAAUAAAAUAUUGGAUUUAGCACGCGUAUAA